AAAUGGGUGUUGAUAUACCAAAACUAAAUAACCCCGAUACAUUUCGUAUUUCAACUAUUUAUGCAGAUAAUAAUGGAACGAAUAAAACUGAUUAUAUUAUAAAUUGGAUCUCAACAAAAGCCAGUGAACAUUCCGAAAUAUGCCAACUUUUCAAAUUUCGACGCAUCAACCUCGCCAAAGAUCUUGAGAAUCUCGUUUCAAAAGCCGACAUAAAGUGUAAUUUCUGUGGUGAUUUUUCUAUCCAUUCUGCCGUUCUCUAUGGAAAUAUCAAGAUUCUAGAUAUUUUUUUGAAAUGCGGAGUGCAGGUAAACGUAGCGAACAACAACGGAGAGACUCCACUUCAUUUAGCCUGCAGCGAUAGCAAUUUAGAGAUGAUCCAAUACCUUGUUAACUACGGAGCCGACGUGAAUGAAAAAGAUAAUACAGGACUUACACCCCUUCACGUCUGCCUUGCCAAGUAUCAUACGGAUACAGCUGAAUUUUUAUUAAAAAAUAAUGCGCAAGUCGAUAUGUAUUUGUCUGAGAAACUGAAAAUUACACCUCUACAUUGGGCUAUUAAAAAGGAUUUUCAAUCUAUGGCAAAUUUAUUAAUAACUUACGGCGCAAAUGUGAAUGCUAGAGAUUAUAAAAAUCAUACACCAGUAUAUCUUGCAGUAGUGCUAAACGAUAUUGAUACUUUAGCGUAUUUAAUUAAACAAAAGGCGUACGUGAACGGAAGAUAUAGAAAAGGCAGAACGAUCUUACACUUGGCUUGUAAAAAUGAACAAGAGCAUUGUACAAAAUUACUUUUGGAAGCUGGUGCAAAUGCCAAUUCUAAGGACAAAUAUAAAAUGAAUGCACUACAUUUUGUAGCUAAAACUAACAAAGUAUCCAUAGUCCAGCUACUGGUUAUGCACGGAUGUGACAUCAACACUCGUGACAGGUGGUCAAGGUCGCCACUUGAUUUGGCUAUAAUGAACAAUAAUUCGGCAAUGGUUGUUUCACUUUUGAAUUAUGGUGCAUCAACCUGUGAAAUUGCCAGAACACUACAUAAUGCAACGAAGCAACGAUUCAAGGAUGUAAUCAGGAUUUUGUUUCAAAGAGGAGUUCACGUAGAUAUUCCGGAUAAAUUUGGCAAAACGCCGUUGAUGGUCGCUGUCGAACAUGGGGAUCUGGAGAUGGUAGAAUAUCUUUUGAGAUCCGGUGCUAAUCCAAAUGCACGGGGGAAAGCAGGUAGACCGAUGGUGACCGAAGCCGUUUUUCAAGGAAAUGCUAGUUUAUUGAAAAUGUUGCUCGAAAACGGAGCAACUACAUGUUCAAUGGAUAAUAUGGGUAGGACACCUUUGUAUCACGCCAUUCGCACGAAAGAUUCAAAAAUUAUUAAAAUUUUGGUUGAAAUUGGUAGUAAAAUGAUUGCUAACAAUAUCUCAUAUUAUUUGACUUCAUCCGAUGAAAGUGCUUGCGGCAGUAUCGAUGUAAAUUUAAAAACUGAAAAUGUUACUAAGAGCGUUCGAAAAAUGAAGAAUCUUAUUCAAACAGUGGACUGA